AUGGCACGGACGCAUUUGAAUGUGAGCCUGGUCAAUUUAGCCGAUGUCCACGUGGUCAACCUGUUUCGAGCCCUCGAAAGCAACCGGACCAUCUUUAUGAUGGUCUUCAAUGCCAUCACCUUUGGCAAGAAAAACGCUAAGGCGCUGGGGCGAUUGGUCGAGCGCAACCGAUCUUUCAUUUUUCUCACCGUGAAUCUUCAGCAUAGUGAUUCCGGCGUGGACCGUAUGGUUCAGGUCCGCAAUAUCUGCCGGGAACUCAAGGAAGCGCUUCGUCGGAACCGCUUCAUUUUAAACGUAAACGUAAGCACAGAGCGUUCUAUACCUUCCAACGACCCUGCCAUCAGGGAGACUCUCAGGCAAAACUCGAUGCUCGUCAACCAAGCCAUCCGAUUCGUCAAUGGGUCCAUGGACAAGACUGAUGCCCUGGCCUUCGAGGCCUUGCAGCACUGUGAGUCGGUGCCCAUAAGGAUGUACUCGUAUUCCAACAUUUCCUACGAGUCAGCGGUCGAGAAGGUCGCUGAGGCGCGCGAAAGGCUCGCUUUGAACUACUUCGUCCUCGCUGGCAUCGUCAAAGCCGAGAUCGCGUGCCAGCGGAAUCGCAAGGCAAAGAAGAAAAGGACCUUGCUCGACAACAUCAGCCGAGUCAUGCAGGCGCGCAUCUGCUCCUACCUCAGCUUGACCGAUGUCGUGGACAUCUGAGGGGCCACAGUUUUUAUUUUUAUCCUUGGUGGGGCCUCAACCCUCCAUCUGUUGACAACGGCGCCAUCGUACGUCUGGCCUCGAGCGAAGUUUAAGCGCGUGCAAACUCAAAUACAGAACCAGCUGUAAAAGAAACUCCCUCACCAGAUACGUUCGUACUUUGCACGCUUUUUAACAGGCAGCGGUUCAGAUCAAGCGACGCGUUUUAAUUGACAAGUUGGAGAAACUUUUUAUUGUUGGUUGAUGCUGUUGCAUUUUCAGAGCGACAUGAACGCGCCACGAUUUCAUAUUUACGCAAGUCAUAUCAGUGUGCUGGACAUUCGACUUUCCCGCAUUCGUUACGCCACUACCUUUCAUUUUUCUGUUUAUUUUAGCACCAUAGUUUAGCACCGUCAGAUUUUUAAUGUUUUUGGUGCGCAACGGAGGAAAAUGG